AUGGCGGAUCUCUCGCUCAAAUCCCUGCAUAAGAGCUACGGCCUCGUCGAAGUCAUCAAGGGCAUCGAUCUCGAUAUCAAGCACGGCGAAUUCGUGGUUUUCGUCGGCCCCUCGGGCUGCGGAAAAUCCACCCUGCUGCGCAUGAUCGCCGGCCUUGAAGAGAUCACCGGCGGUGAGCUCUAUAUCGGCGACGUGCUGUGCAACGAUGUCGAACCGCGGGACCGCGGCAUUGCCAUGGUGUUCCAGUCUUAUGCCCUCUAUCCCCAUAUGUCGGUUUACGACAAUGUUGGCUUCGGGCUCAAACUCGCCAGGGCGCCAAAGGAGGAACGGGACAAGAAAAUUCGAGACGCCGCGCGUAUCCUGCAGAUGGAACAUUUGCUCGACCGCAAGCCCAGCCAGCUUUCCGGUGGCCAGCGCCAGCGCGUCGCCAUUGGUCGCGCUAUCGUGCGGCAGCCCGAGGUCUUCCUCUUCGAUGAGCCGUUGUCGAACCUGGACGCCGCCUUGCGCGUCGAUAUGCGCAUGGAACUGUCAAAACUCCACGGGCAGCUAGGCGCGACCAUGAUCUAUGUUACCCACGAUCAGGUCGAAGCAAUGACGCUGGCCGACAAGAUUGUCGUGCUCAACGGUGGCGAGGUACAACAGGCCGGUUCCCCGAUCGAUCUCUACAAGAACCCCGCCAACCUUUUCGUCGCCGGUUUCAUCGGUUCGCCAAGGAUGAACUUUCUUUCGGCCACCGCCGCCGAAAUCGAAGGCGACCGGCUCAUCAUGGCGUCCGGGGCCAUGGAAACGAUUACAGCAGAGGUGACGGGCCAUGCCAUCCGGCAGGGGGAAAGCCUUACGCUGGGCAUCCGUCCUCACGCCCUCCGUCCUGCCGAGCACGGAGCGCUCCGGGGCAUCGUGGACAUCGUUGAACGGUUGGGUAACGAAACCAUAGUCAAUUUCCGCCUGCCGGGUGAGGAACAGUGGCUGGCGGUCAUCGCUGGCGACGUGACAUUCGGUCGGGGAGACAGCGUCGGAUUCGACGUCACCGCCGACGAUAUCCUGAUCUUUGACGCCAAGGGCCGCAACGUCCGAAACUGA